UCAGCCAGCCUCACCUGGUCGCUACUACCAGAAGCUCAGCACAUGUGUAUCUUGACGCCCGUCGAGGCGAGCUUGCCUGCCAUGGUGUGGCCCUUGGUGCUGCUCCACCGCACGACUGCUCAUCUGCUCCGCUCCGCUCCGCUCAGGCCACGCGAAGCCUUAUCUGCAGGGCGCCAAUGGAUGUGGGGUAAAGAGAAAGCAGAGCGCCUCUUCUCGACUUUACCACCAUCACCCCUCCUCUUCUCAUACGGCCUCUGCGCCAGAGCCCUCUUCUGGCCCGACUUACUAUCUUGCCUUCGCCAUGCAUCUUCUCCCUCGAGAGCACGACAAGCUUCUCUUGGCCAAUGCCGGCUUCCUCGCUCAGCGUCGUCUUGCCAGGGGAGUGAAGCUGAACCAGGGUGAAGCAACCGCACUCAUCGCAUCUGUCCUCCAAGAGUAUAUCCGAGAUGGCGAUCGCUCCGUUGCUGAGCUGAUGCAGCUUGGAAAGACAUUCCUGGGACGCUGCCAUGUCUUGCCCGGCGUUCCCGAGCUGCUCCACGAGGUCAUGGUCGAGGGGACCUUCCUGGAUGGAAGCUUCUUGGUCACGGUUCAUGACCCCAUCUGCACUCCUACUGGAAACAUAGAGGCAGCUCUGUACGGAUCAAUGCUGCCAAUUCCUUCGCAGAAUCUCUUCCCAACUUCAGAGGUACCGGAGCAUCUGCCUGGUGCCCUUAUCGUAGCGGCGGACCAAGGACCUAUCGCUCUCUGCAAAGGGAGAGACCGAAUCACCAUUCGAGUCACCAACACUGGUGAUCGUCCGAUCCAAGUGGGUUCACAUUAUCCAUUCAUUGAGACAAACCCAACACUAUCUUUCCCUCGACUGGCAGCUCUAGGUCGCCGACUGGACAUUGCAGCGGGUACCGCGAUCCGCUUCGAGCCUGGAGAUGUUCGCAGCGUCAAUCUGGUCAGCAUUGGGGGGAACAAGGCCAUUGCUUCCUCGGGCAACAACAUCGCAGCAGGCUUCCUCGACAAUCUCCACUCUCCAGAGGGCCACCAGUUGCUUUCCCUUCGUCUCGAGGCAAUGGGCUUUGCAAAUGAAGAGAUCCCACAGCAGCUCACGCCUGCUCCUCCUGUGGAGCUCAGUCGAGAAGCUUACGCCAGCUUAUAUGGCCCUACCACGGGCGAUAAGGUUCGUCUCGCGGACACAGAUCUCUGGAUCAAAGUGGAAAAGGAUUUCACCUCGUAUGGAGAUGAGUGCAAGUUCGGAGGUGGAAAGGUCUUGCGAGACGGCAUGGGUCAAGCCACGGGCCGCACGGACGAGGAAACCCUGGACCUGGUCAUCAUCAAUGCGCUCAUCGUCGACUGGUGGGGCAUUGUCAAGGCCGAUAUCGGUGUCAAGAAUGGAUUCAUUUCGGGUAUCGGCAAGGCCGGUAAUCCCGACAUCAUGGACGGUGUAACGGCAGGCAUGAUCGUAGGCAGCUGUACAGAGGUCAUUGCAGGAGAAAAGCUCAUCUUGACGGCGGGAGCGAUCGAUGCCCACGUUCAUUACAUCUGUGCAGAUCUGUGCGAAGAAGCACUAGCCACCGGUAUCACCACUCUCAUUGGCGGUGGUACAGGCCCCUCCGCCGGUACAUCCGCAACAACCUGUACACCAGGUCUGGACAAUCUGCGCUUCAUGCUCAGGGCAACCGAUCACUUCCCUCUGAACUUUGCCUUUACAGGCAAGGGCAACGACUCUUCACCUGUUGGCUUGCAAGACCAAAUCAAGGCUGGAUGCGCAGGAAUGAAGAUCCACGAAGAUUGGGGCUCUACCCCGGCCGUCAUCGACAAUUGCCUCAAUGUGUGCGAAGAGUUCGACGUGCAGUGCAACAUCCACACUGAUACGCUCAAUGAGUCUUCCUUUGUCGAGGGCACCAUUGCGGCAUUCAAGGAUCGCACGAUCCACACUUAUCACUCUGAGGGAGCUGGUGGUGGCCACGCUCCGGACAUCAUUCGCGUAUGUGGAGAGGACAAUGUGUUGCCCUCGUCCACGAACCCUACUCGUCCUUAUGCUACAAACACUCUCGACGAGCACUUGGACAUGCUCAUGGUCUGCCAUCACUUGUCCAAGGACAUUGCCGAGGACGUAGCCUUUGCAGACUCGCGCAUUCGAGCCGAGACUGUGGCUGCCGAGGAUGUCUUACACGACAGUGGAGCCAUCUCGAUCAUCUCUUCUGACUCCCAGGCGAUGGGCAGGAUUGGAGAAGUGGUCUCAAGGACCUGGAGAACCGCUGCGAAGAUGAGAUCGCUGCGUGGGCAGCUGGCCGAGGACAAGGGGAGCGAUGCCGACAACUUCAGGGUGAAGCGCUACGUAUCCAAGUACACUGUGAACCCCGCUAUCGUGCAUGGUAUGUCGCACCUGAUCGGUUCGGUCGAAGUGGGCAAGCUGGCCGACUUGGUUCUAUACAGGCCAGAGAACUUCGGUACCAAGCCCGAAGUAGUGAUCAAGGGUGGUCAGAUCGCCUGGGCACAAAUGGGUGAUGCCAAUGCGUCAAUCCCGACUGUUCAGCCCGUGUAUGGACGCAAGAUGUACGGAGCUCAACCCGGCGCGGCUCCCUUUAACUCCAUCGUCUUUGUCUCUCAAGUCUCAUUGACGAACGGCAACAUUGGCUCGUAUGGUAUCCGCAAGAGGGCAGAAGGAGUAGUGGGUUGCCGCAAAGUGAGAAAGGGCGACAUGAAGCUCAAUGCUGCAUUGCCGAAGCUCAAGGUGGAUCCAGAGACGUACACCGUCGAGGCGGAUGGGGUGGUAUGCACGGUCGAAGCAGCUACGAGACUGCCUAUGACGCAAGCUGUUCACUUCUUUUGAUCUGUCGUUUGCCACUUCUCUUCUACCCUGUUCAAAUCGUGUCUUGGGUGACGUUUUUUCUUUUUCUCUCUUGGCUUAAAAGUAGUUUAUCUCCGCCCUUCCGGAAUGGCAGUUGAGCCGGCACUUGCCUAUCUUCCCCAGACUGC